ACACCCUAACAAAUGCAAAUGAACAUCGAUAUUAAUACUUUGUGGGUUUUUUAUAUCUACGUUCUAACAUCCUUAGCCCAAGAAGACGCCCAUUGCACAUCAAUGUGCAGCGGAGCUGACUGUAAAAGUCAGUGUAAAGGGCGCAUGGCCAGUGCAUCGUCAACAGGAUUCCAUUCACAAGCAUUGGCUACAGGGGAUCUUUCAACAGUAGAGUGCCAAGGUCCUUUUUGCAAUGCUGAGUGUACCGGAGAGUUGAACGUUUGCAUGUCAAAAUGUGUCGGUCGCAUUUGCACAUCUCAGUGCAAAGCAUCAGCGUGUGUGUCCAGUUCUGAAGGUCAAAGUGCUUCCUCACAUUGCUUUGGACCUAAGUGUCACAGCAACUGCACGGGGGAAGGCUGCGUAGCCACGUGUGUUGGAGCCAACUGUAUUGCCGAGUUCCGUGAGCCAAAAAAAGGCCCAGCAUACAUAAUAGACACCGCUGCGUAUCGCUCCUAUACAUUUUAAAGGGAACAAUGUCCAUAAUUGUGAAAUAUAAAUAUAAUAAUACGAAAAAUAAAUUGCGAUUUUGUAAACUUCGAACUAAAGAAAAGGAUAAA